AGGGAAACACUUGUCCGAACUGUCAGUUGCUGGCGCUGCCCCUUCCAAACCCGUCUCCGGACUUCCCGGGCCGGACGCGCCGGAGCUCCGAAAGGGCGGCGGGGUCCGGGGGCUCGCUGCGCGGCGCGUACGGUUGCCACUCUGCGGAAAGGGACGGAGGCGGGCAGCACCCAAGGCCGCUGCCUCGCAACCGGGACGCAAUUCGCAGGGCUGGAGGUCCGCGCGCGGCGCGCACACGUGGACAUGGCUGAGGUCGCGGCUCCUUCCUGCACUCUGCUCCCACCACCUCAGGUCGCGGGGGCGGAGAAGGGGUGACCAGAGGUACCCUAGCGCAGAGGUUCUGGGAUAAAGACUCUAGGGGCACAGCAAACCCAACCUCUUUUCUCCUGGGCAGUUUGAUGAUCUUGUGCAUGUUUUUGAACCGGCGGUCGCGGGACCCGGGGUAGCAUUGGGAAGUUGCAAAGACCGUGGGUGUGGGCCCUGCGGUGGCACUCGCGGACCCUGCCUGGCUGAGAGGGGAGCAGCGCCGAAGCAUGGCUGGGCGCCUGGGAAAGAGGCGAACUGGGGGGCCCUGGGUCCCUAGCCCUGGGUCUGGCCGAGCGGGGUGCGGGUUCUGCUCCUGAAGUGGUUUCACCUUCGCUUUGGGGACUUAACAGUAGACAGCCGAGGUCACCUAUUUUUUCUGAGCGCAGAAACUGGGAGGUGGUGAGCAGAGAGCUGGAAAGGGCUGCGGAGAGGAGGCGCGGUGGGGACUCCGCGCCUCGAGCUCUCGCCUGUCCCCGCGGGGCGGGGCCUCUCGGUUCCCUGCGGCUCCCAGGUAGCGGAGGGGGGGGAGGCGGCCUGGAGGGGCGGGAACCUUGAACCUGCCUCAGGGGGAAGAGAAACCCGGCUGCGAGCCCGGAGCCGUUUCUUGCAGGGCCAGCGUCAACUCGGCUGGGAUUAUUAACCAGCAUAUACAGUAGUGACGAGGAUGAUGAAGACAUUGAGAUGUGUGACCAUGACUACGAUGGGCUGCUUCCCAAGUCUGGAAAGCGACACUUGGGGAAAACUAGGUGGACCAGGGAGGAGGAUGAAAAACUUAAGAAGCUGGUGGAACAGAAUGGAACAGAUGACUGGAAAGUUAUUGCCAAUUAUCUUCCGAAUCGAACAGAUGUGCAGUGCCAGCACCGAUGGCAGAAAGUACUAAACCCUGAGCUCAUCAAGGGUCCUUGGACCAAAGAAGAAGAUCAGAGGGUGAUAGAGCUUGUACAGAAAUACGGUCCGAAACGUUGGUCUGUUAUUGCCAAGCACUUAAAGGGGAGAAUUGGAAAACAAUGUAGGGAAAGGUGGCAUAACCACUUGAAUCCAGAAGUUAAGAAAACCUCCUGGACAGAAGAGGAAGACAGAAUUAUUUACCAGGCACACAAGAGACUGGGGAACAGAUGGGCAGAAAUCGCAAAGCUACUGCCUGGACGAACUGAUAAUGCUAUCAAGAACCACUGGAAUUCUACAAUGCGUCGGAAGGUUGAACAGGAAGGUUAUCUGCAGGAGUCUUCCAAAGCCAGCCAGCCAACUGUGGCCACAAGUUUCCAGAAGAACAGUCAUUUGAUGGGUUUCGCUCAUGCUCCACCUUCAGCUCAACUCUCCCCAACUGGUCAGCCCUCAGUGAACAAUGACUAUUCGUAUUACCACCUUUCUGAAGCACAAAAUGUCUCUGGUCACGUCCCAUAUCCUGUCGCGCUACAUGUCAACAUAGUCAAUGUCCCUCAGCCAGCCGCCGCAGCCAUUCAGAGACACUAUAACGAUGAAGACCCUGAGAAAGAAAAGCGAAUAAAGGAAUUAGAGUUGCUCCUAAUGUCGACUGAGAAUGAACUCAAAGGGCAGCAGGCGCUACCGACACAGAACCACACAUGCAGCUACCCCGGGUGGCACAGCACCACCAUUGCCGACCACACCAGACCUCAUGGAGACAGUGCACCUGUUUCCUGUUUGGAAGAACACCACUCCACUCCUUCUCUGCCUGUGGAUCCCAGUUCCUUACCUGAAGAAAGCGCCUCUCCAGCAAGGUGCAUGAUCGUCCACCAAGGAGCCAUUCUGGAUAAUGUUAAGAACCUCUUAGAAUUUGCAGAAACACUUCAAUUUAUAGAUUCUGAUUCUUCAUCAUGGUGUGACCUCAGCAGUUUUGAACUCUUUGAAGAAGCAGACUUUUCACCUAGCCAACAGCACACAGACAAAGCCAUACAGCUCCUGCAAGGAGAGGGCAGUGUGAAUAGACCUGCAAGAGAACCUAGCAAACGCCAGUUGAGUGAGGGUUCACUUGGCCUGCUCAAGCCCAUACCCCCUGCGAGGCACGGCACAAUCCCACUGGUCAUCCUUCGAACAAGGAGGGGCCAUGCCAGCCCCUUAGCCACUGGCGACUCUAGGUCCUUCAUACUUGCUGAUGUCAGUGGUUCGACUCCCAAUCGGUCCCCUGUCAAAAGCCUGCCCUUCUCCCCCUCACAGUUCCUAAACCCUUCCAGCAAUCAUGAAAACUUAGACUUGGAAAUGCCUUCUUUAACUUCCGCCCCUCUCAGUGGUCACAAAUUGACUGUUACAACUCCAUUUCAUAGAGACCAGACUGUGAAAGCUCAAAAGGAAAAUACUAUUUUCAGAACUCCAGCGAUCAAAAGGUCAAUCCUAGAAAGCUCUCCGAGAACCCCUACACCAUUUAAGCAUGCGCUUGCAGCUCAAGAGAUUAAAUAUGGUCCCCUGAAGAUGCUACCUCAGACCCCGUCUCAUCUCGUAGAAGACCUCCAGGAUGUGAUCAAACAGGAAGCGGAUGAAUCUGGAAUUGUUACUGAGUUUCCAGAAAAUGGACCGCCUUUACUGAAGAAGAUCAAACAAGAGGUGGAAUCUCCAACUGAUAAAGCAGGAAACUUCUUCUGUUCGAGCCACUGGGAAGCGGAGAGCCUGAACACUCAGCUGUUCCCACAGGCGUCGCCCGUGGCAGAUGUGCCGAAUAUUCUUACCAGUUCCGUUUUAAUGACUCCAGUAUCAGAGGAUGAAGACAGUGUCCUCAAAGCAUUCACAGUACCUAAAAACAGGUCCCUGGCGAGUCCCUUGCAGCCUUGCAGCGGGGCCUGGGAAGCUGCAUCCUGCGGGAAGAUGGAAGAUCAGAUGACAGCUUCGGGCCAGGCCCGGAAGUACGUGAACACCUUCUCCACCCGGACUCUGGUCAUGUGAGACGCCCCCACAGAAGCAUUACGGUUUCAGAACACUGCAGGUCUGCUCGGGGCGCGCCCAUUCCUCUGCGUGGGACUCUUCGCGAAUGGGAGAAGAACCUAUUUUUGUUGUGGUACAACAGUUGAGAGCGGCACCAAGUGCAGUUUAGUUGGAUGAAGUCUUAUCGGAUUUCACCCAACUAAAAUGAUU